ACCAUCGAUAAACUCUACUAAAAUUUCUUCAUGGGAAGGGGUUUAGCUGCUUACUCAUAAUUCCCAUCAGUCGCCUUAUAUCUGUCUAUCGUAAGUUUAAUUGAGCUGAUGAUUUUCUCAAUUCAGCAAUAGAAAACCAUGGAAGCAUUAAAACUUUCUGCAGUGUCUUUGAGUCCUCGAAUUAAUCGACCCAGUUUCCUCAUCAAAGAGAGCGUAUUUGAUGUCCGAAAGCACUGUACUAGUCCUUAUUCGUGCAUUCAUCCACUUGGGGUCCUUCCUCACUUAGCUUCGAAUCUCCUCAAGGAAUGUAACAUUGGUUUGUCUGACAAGUCUCAGAUAAGAGCUGAAAAGGUUUCUGGUUUUGUUGGCCUCGGUUUGAAAAAGGGGAUGCUUGUUCCUGUUAGGCAUGUUUCUCGUCCAUGCCUGUUGAAAAUAUGUCGAGUCAAAAGUGAGGACUCAGAAGGAAUUUUAACGGGAGAAAGCAUCAUAGUAGAUGAGCAGACGCUGGAGCGGGAAUUACAGAUUGCAAUAGAAGAGGAGAACUAUACCAAAGCAGCAGAAAUAAGAGAUAGCCUUCGGUCUCUCCAGAGUGACAGCAAGGCUUCUGUGUUAGCAGCUAAUACUCGCUUUUACAACACAUUCAGAAACGGGGAUCUAGCAGCUUUGCAAGCACUAUGGUCAAAGGGUGAUAAUGCAUGUGUUGUGCACCCUGGUGUGAGUGGCAUAUCUGGCUAUGAUCUUGUGAUGGGAAGCUGGGAGUUUGUGUGGGCUGACUAUGAAUUCCCACUGGAAAUCGAGAUCAAGGACGUUCAAGUUCAUGUUAGAGGGGAUGUAGGAUAUGUUACAUGCAUUGAAAUGGUUAAGACAAAGGGUAGCAGCUGGGGUAAACAGUUUGCCACUAACGUCUUUGAGAAAAUUGAGGGUCAGUGGAAAAUAUGCAUUCACCAUGCAUCAUAUGUUGACUUGUGAAAUGGAUUUUGAGACGUUAAGGAAAUGUAGUGGGCAUUAGGCAACGGCUUUUAGUAACUGUAAUUCUGUACAAGGUGUAUCCUCAACUUUGAAUUUUGAUGUACCUGCAUGCUAUCAAAUUUUGCCAAAAAGUUUGUAACAAAUGCGUUUGCCGAUAUGCAGAGGCACAUUCAAGCAUGGUGGCUUAAGUUUUGGUUGA